AGGAUCAAGCUGCUAAAAUAGACCAGGCAGCGGAGGCAGGAGAACAAUUUGCCAAGCUUUAUUAUGAGACCUAUGAUAAAAAAAGACAUGAAUUAAUGGCCAAAAGCUAGAUUCCUGUUACCAAUUCAUCUGUAAUUAUAAAAAAAAAACACAGCGUGAUGGCAAUGAUGGUAGAAUCUCCGGAAAUCAUAAGGAAAUUUUACAUGGCAGCAGUUCACAGAGACCUGUCUAUAAUAGAAGAUUGUGUCCUAGUCCACGGUUUGGAUGUCAAUUACAUAUUCACUGAAUCUUACAUACCUUCACACCAUACUGCAGGUACAGCAUUACACAUAGUUGCUGAAAAGGGACACACUGAUAUAAUAGAGGGAAUGCUUAUGUUAGGAGCUAAUCUUUGUCUUGAAAAUAAGUCUGGUGAUUCUGCCAUGCAUAUUGCCUGUAAACAUGGAAACAGUCAAGCUGUUCUCAGCUUCUUAAAUAAUAAUCACUUUUCCAAAAAUCUCCAAAACAACCAUGGCAUUACUCCUCUUAUGCGAGCAAUUUUCCGAUUUGAGACUGCCUUCAAGGGCAACUACUUGAUGAUUGUUAAGUCAUUGAUUGAAUAUGGAUGUGAUGUAAAUCUUUCUCCUGAGCAUUCCAAAACAACUCCCCUCCACAUGGCUGCAGAAAAAUGGAAUCCUGUUUUAUGUGAGCUUCUGAUAAGUGCAGGAGCUCAUGUGAAUGCUAAAGACUCUAAAAAAUGUACACCACUUUUUACAGCUGUAUCUCGAAUGAGGAUAAAUUCAGAGGUUGUGAAAGUUCUUGUAAAAGCUGGUGCUGAUUCUAAUGAUGUCAAUGCAAAUGGAAGGAAUCCAUUACACAUCACAGUCUCCAAAAAUGAUGAUAUGAGUGUUGUUCAUCUGUUGAAAGGGGGAGCUAAUCCAAAUGUAGCUGACAAUGCAGGAUUAACUCCCCUUGUCAUUGCAGUCCAUGAAAAUAAUACCAAGAUUGUAUCACAUUUACUGUCGUAUGGGGCUGAUGUGAACUAUAUACCAAAUGAACAAAACAAUAUUUUGGAAAGUUCACUUGGGGAAAGGCAAAGCAUUUUAGGUAUUGCAGUGUCAAAUGAAAAUACACGUAUGUGUAAGCUCCUACUUCAAACUGGAAGUGAUAUUUUGAAGAACAGUCUGAGAGGGAGGAAUUUAUUAACCAUGGCUGUCCGGAAAGAAAACAUGGAGUUAGUCAAGCUGUUUCUUAGACUGAACUAUCCACCUCAGUCUCUGCCACUGAUGUUUCCUGUUAACCACCUAAGUUCCAAAUCUGCUGACAUUUUCCUAUUACUCCUAAAGUGGGCAGUUUAUCCUGACAUAUAUGACUUUGAAGAAUGCUUAUCCAAACUGGAUGACUCAAUUAUUCACAGUGAUAUUCACAAAAAGAAGGCAGAAGAGCUGUUCUAUAAUGCAUCUCCACUUCGAGAUAUUUGUUGCAAACAUUUAAGGAGACUGUUGGGGUUGGACAUUCAUAAGAAGCUACAGAUGUUACUUGAGGAGGGGCACAUUGCUCGAGCACAUGCUGAUUUAUUAUUACUGAUACAAGAACUGUAGAGUUGUUAUUUUGAUUAUAUAUUUUUAUUAGCUCACCUGA